UGAUGAGCAUCCUGAGCAAUCCCAGCGGAGUCCCUCCCCAGCCCCAGGCCGACUUCUCCAUUUCUCCCCUUCACGGUGGCCUGGACACCACCAACUCCAUCUCUGCCAGCUGCAGCCAGCGCAGUGACUCCAUCAAGUCCGUGGACAGCCUCCCGACUUCCCAGUCCUACUGCCCUCCCACUUACAGCACCACCAGCUACAGCGUGGACCCCGUGGCUGGAUACCAGUACGGACAGUACGGACAAACUGCUGUUGAUUACCUGGCCAAGAAUGUGAGUCUGUCGACGCAGCGCAGGAUGAAGCUGGGAGAACAUUCCGCCGUCCUGGGCCUCCUACCAGUAGAGACAGGCCAAGCUUAUUGAAGAGUCCAACUGUGCCAACAACCUGCUCCAGCAACUUGGAACCACUGGAGAAAACACCACCAGCCUUCCAGAGAUCUGCCUGUACCCAGACCCUACUCCUUCCCAAUUCCCUUCCACCUCCACCAACUUGAGCUGCAAAGGAGACGGGAAAGAGCGGGAGGGCUCUCCAAGUAUCCAGCUCCUCCAGAGCACUCCAGAGGCAGCUGUGGCCUCUGUGACCUGACUCCUCCUGUGGCCAGAGACAGUGGGUUGGGUACAUUUAUUAAUCCCAAGUUCAUGCCCUCCCUCUACUAAACUACCUGGCCAUGGCGUUUCGCCCACACUUAAGGACUUUCCAUUGAUCUAGGUAGUUGGCAUAGUCAAAGCCAAAUUGAUUUUUUUUUUCUUUUUCUGUAAAAAAAAGAGAAAUGUUUCAUUUUGUUUCCUUUUCUUUCCAUUGCUGUAAAUUUGGUGAAUGUAUAGGAAGGAAUAACCAAGCUGAUCAUUAAGGGUGAUACAAAUCAGGACCACAGAAGACCUAUGGACCAAAUAUAAGAACUUGUUUAAAAACAAAAAGAACAAACCACAAAGACAAACAAACCCAGAAAAACACAUAUUAAAGUGACAGCAAAUUUCCCCACCCCACUCUACCCUCCGUUCUCACUGGUGGCCUCCCAAAGCAGGGCCAGGUUGCUGCUAAGCAGGGGCAGGAUGGAAAUCCAUCCAGCCUGGGACCUUUGGAAAAUGUAAAUGGCUGCAUGAGGGCUGGAGAUGAUGGGCACAGGCAUGAGCAACAUUUACUUUUUCUUUUAUGGACCAAUUUAGAGCUGACUGUCACUGAAAGGACGUGGGCACCAGGAGCAGCAGGAGAUGGGACAGCACAGAGGAAGGGCAGCGGAUACACCCCAGAGCACAGGAGCUGUUGCUCAUCUGGUUGAGAAGGGUGAGGGCUGUUGGUGGCCCUUCCUUCUCUCAGCAGGAGAGGAGUUGGCCCUGAGAGCAAAGACAAGAGAGUGCAGAGUCAGAGGUGUUUGUGAGCUCAGUGUGCAAAGCCAGGGUCUUCUGCAGGGCUCACCUGAAAGGAGAUGGUGCUUGGUCUGGAGGUGCUUUGCCACAGUCUCUCACUGAGGGAUGGAUGUGGCCUGGCCUGAGGUAAAAGGGAUCUGAAGAGUCUUUCUAGCAGCAGCUUGGAAGGAAAGGUGCUCUCAGAUGCAAGAUUGCACCUCUUUGUACUGCAGGAAAAUAUUUACCUUCCCGAGACAUUCCUUAUCCUUUGGCUGCCAGGAGAAAUGUUUGCCCCAUCCCUCCUCCUGGCUCUUCCCACACCCAUCUCAUUCCGUGUACUCUUCUGUACAACUCAGUCUCUUGGUCCCUUCCCUCUGCUUUCCAUUUUGGUGGUAGAGCCUCUCUCUUUCUCUCUCUUUCUCUCUCUCUAAGCCAGACCUUGUUCUGGAUUUGUCACCCCACUCUUCUCCAGCAGUGAAAAACAGUGCUCUCACUUUUGUGUCACCUCAUUGCACUGCUCAGAUAAGCACAGUUUAAAUAGUUUCCCUUUUGCAUGUGGGGAUGGAUGAUCCUUGAUGAUUCUUAAGCAGAUAUGUAAUAUUAUGGAUUUUUUCCCCUCACCUUCCUGUGUUGAGAGGAUUCACUUGAAGACAUUUGAUGUGGAGAGGGCAAGGAAAGCUGCCCCAGGGAUAAACACUGGGAUGCACAGAAUCUGUGCCACCAGAAGCUGGUGUGUGAAGUCCAGUGACAACAGGCAGUGUUUAUGUCAUCCAUGGGCUGUUGGAGUUUAUCAUACACUUACUGUUUGAUAUUUCUAGGAUAAUGAAUGUCUGCUUUCGGUCACUGGUGAUAAAGAGGGAUCAUGAGGUGGGAUGAGUCUGGCCUGGGUUGUUAAAGGAGACACUUUCCACUUGCUCUCUUUUCUUGCUUCUUCCAUUCUUCCCAAAUAACCUGUUCUUGUUUUUGCAGCUGAAACAACAUUUUUCUGGGGAACUUGCUCCAACAUCAUUUAUCAUGAACCACCAAGCCACUUCCCUUGAGCCAUAUGGAGAAGUACCUGUCCUGGCCAAAGCAGGGGUUGGUUUCUGAUGUUGCCCAGUAUCCUCUUGGAGCCACAUAUGGCUUCCAUCAGCUUUGCUUUACGGCUCUGACAGAGCCAGCUCUACAUUCCCAAAAGCAUUUUCAUACACCAGCUUGGCCUCUCACAUGGAUAUGUCUGUGCAGGAGCCCUGUGAGAGGUGACAUCUGCAUCCUGAGGUUGAUUCCUGUCCUUUAUGCUCCACAAAUCCCAAUUCAGCUUCUGCUUGUCCAGCUAUAUCACACACCAAGCUUCUCUCUAGUUGUGAAAAACAUUCCUUGGAUCACAAAGCUUUUGAAGCACUUGCAUUCUUCAUUCCCUUUCUCAGGACAAUCUGUGGCACCUACAGCUGCUUGAACAGGUGAGGCCAAAGGGACUGAUUUCCUCCAGGUGACUGAGUAGCCAAAACUCCCUGGAUGAGCUGUGUUACCUGAAGGACUCUCCCUGCUUUGCUCUAGUUUGAAAUCUUGGAAAGCAACAAAAACCCCACUGGUUUAUAGUGUUUACAUGUUAGAACUGAUCCCUGUUGAAUUCCAGUUCUGGCUUAAAAGCCGUUCCCAACAGUAACCUCCAGCCACACAUGAAGUGGGGAAUCAAGGGUGUCUCCAUGAUGGACACCAGUGAAGGUAUCAGUGACUGAAGCACCUGCUUGAACUUGCUCCUGUGCCUCAGCUUCCUCCUGAGCCAACUGCUAAAACAACAGAGCCCAACAUUUUCUUACACUGAACAGUAUUUAAGAGGCCAAAUGCUGAUGAUUCCCUCCCUGGGAGCACCUUCAAACCUCCAUCCUCAUUGCCACUGGAACAUGGGGUUUGUAGCUGGUGAUCUCUUGCCCUGUUACUGCCCCAGCCAGUUGUGAUCCCUCAUCCCUUAUACUGAAAUUCCUGACCCAAUGCAUUCCUUGCUGCCUUCUGAACCAGAAGGAAAGUUCCAGUUUGUCAUGAGAAUUGCUUGUCCUGCUCUUAUCUCCUCUGUUCCCUUACCCACCCUGCUGUGCACACACAUCUCCAGGGAUCCCUCGCCUGUGGACGGUCGGUCCUCGCCGCACGGGCUCGCGAGGAGGACUCGACCUGAGCUCAGCACCCAGUGCAGGACCCAGAAAUCAAAACCAUUAAAAAGAGGGAGCACUGCAGGAACCUCUUUGCCAGUUACCUUCGCCAGAAAGUCCGUGGCCACCUGGGCACUGCUGUAAAUAGGAUUCUUAGAGGACUAUGAAACCCCCCCAUGCUUAGCACAAAUAGCUCUUCUCUGACCUUUCCCUUGUGGUCGCACUUUGUACAUUAGUUGGAAAUUUGGUCAUGUGCUGUAUGUUUAUAGAAAGUUGACAUUUUUUUUAUACUAAAAAACACAGUGAGUGCCGUGCUAGUUAAAAAAAAAAAAAA